AUGGUGUUCGACAAAGGGUCAAUGAAAAAAUCGAACCUUGAUCGCUUCCUUCAUUGCACAACACCUGUAGUGCCACCCCAAUCUCUCCCCAAGACGGAGAUUAGGAGUUUGAAUCGGAUUUGGCAUCAAUCAGAGAGAGAAAAGGUUGAGUUUUUCAGAUUGAGUGAUCUAUGGGAUUGUUACGACGAGUGGAGUGCUUAUGGAGCUGGUGUUCCCAUUCGUCUCACCAAUGGAGAAUCUCUUGUUCAAUACUACGUUCCUUAUCUCUCUGCAAUCCAGAUCUUCAUCUCUCGCUCUUCCUUGAUCCGCUUAAGGGAUGAGUCUGAGUAUGGGGAAAGUGAGACGAGAGAUUCGUUUAGUGAUUCAUAUAGUGAAGAGAGUGAAAGUGAUAAGCUUUCAAGAAGUGCUGCUUCUGAUGAAGGGCUUGAGCAUGACGCUAUUUUACACCCUAAUGAUCGUUUGGGCUAUCUUUAUUUGCAACACUUUGAGAGAUCAGCUCCUUAUGCUCGAGUUCCUCUCAUGGAUAAGAUCAAUGAGUUGGCUCGAAGGUACCCUGGAUUGAUGUCGCUGAGAAGCGUAGAUUUGUCCCCAGCAAGUUGGAUGGCUGUAGCGUGGUACCCUAUUUACCAUAUACCAAUGGGAAGGACCAUCAAAGAUUUGUCUACUUGUUUUCUCACUUAUCACACUCUUUCAUCUUCUUUCCAAGAUAUGGAGCCAGAAGAGAAUGGAGGGGAGAAGGAGAGGGCUCGGAAGGAAGGAGAAGGUGUAACUUUGCUUCCUUUCGGGUUAGCCACUUACAAGAUGCAAGGCAAUGUAUGGCUCAGGGAAGACGAUCAUGGUCAAGAUCAAGAACGAGUUCUGUCGCUGCUAAGUGUUGCUGAUUCUUGGCUAAAACAGCUAAGAGUCCAACACCAUGACUUCAACUACUUUUCAAGAAUGGCUCACCGAUGAUUUUCAACUGUAGAUUUGUUUUUAUAUAUCUUAUUACUUUUUUUUUUCUCCCGGGGUCGCAAUACAAUAACCAUGUUUGGAGCACAGUAGCGGUUAAGAGGAGGUUCAAACACUCACUGAGCGUUUCCUUAAAGUGGCUGCUGCGUUUUGCGUGUAGAAUAGCUUUUGAGUCCCUAUAUAUGGGAGAUGUUAUAUUUAUAAUGGAGUGGUGAUCUUGUUGAAAGAGUGUUUCUUGUUUCUUGAUAACAUUGGGUCUUCAGUCUUGUCUUGUAACUCAUUAACAUUUUAAUGAAAUAGUAAACGAAACCUUCUGAUCAUUUUUGUAAUUGUUUUUACGAAAUCUGAGGAUUUUAUAAGAUAUC